AUGAUUCUGUGCUGCACCUCCCUUCCAACCCCAAUCCCUCCUGCAGACUCUAAGCCAGAGGUGCGUGAUGAUCAGAGGGAAGACAGGAAUCUCUACUUUCUCAAGAUAGUGAUUAACAAGGGUAUUCAGGAUGUGUUUGUACAAACCAGCCUUCCAGCACGUAUACCAUACAACCUCUGGUUAGUGAAAGUAAGUUGUUCUAUGGACUGGUUGAUGAUUUCAGUUAGCCCAUGUGGGUACAGCAGCAAUCUGUAUAUAUUUGCUGAUGAAUUAUAUCUGGGAUCAGGUUGCCCUGUGACUCGGAUACAAACAUAUGCAUAUGAUUUUAUAUACCCUGUAUAUGACUGUGGGAUCAGGAUAAAGGUUGUUUCGGAGGAUACUCUCCUUUUCCAAACUGAGAUGUACUUUAACCCUCGGAAUCUGCAUUGUGACCCUCAGAAGAUCCCUUUGGAGUGUUCUGCCUCUAGGAAAUCAGUGUGGCUUACACCAGUUUCUACAGAAAAUGAAAUAAAAUUGGACCCCAGUCCCUUUAUUGCUGACUUUGAGACAACACCGGAAGAACUAGGCUUACUAAGUCCUUAAGGAAGA